AUACCGAUCAGUAUUAAUGCUAACAAACGGCUGACUGAAUUGUUGUGUGUACCUUACAUUUACAUUUACCUUAUACAUUUAAACAUUUAUAAUAAAAAUUUAUAAACAUACCAGAAUACAUGUUUUUUCUUUUAGUAUCUGGAAGUUUUUUUAAUACAGUGUGCCAGUGAGUUUAUUGACAACGAUCUGUACAUUAUGGAGGAUGAUAAAAAAUCUGAAGUGGAAAAAGGGACAAGGAAAAAGUAUAAAGAUAUCCAAGGAUUACUUCCCAGUAAACCAAAGUGAUGUUUCUUACGACCCAAUGAACUACUACAGUAGUAUCUACCUGAAUACCUAAUCAGUAACAUAUAACCAAGACAAGAUAGCAUUUGGAAGCUUCACUAGAUGUAUUUCAAAUUUUAAUGCAAGGAACUAAACUUUAUCUAUUAUGAAUAAUAUUAUUUUUUAUAAACGUUCCAGAACAUCCAAAUAUCAAUAUAUUCAUUGUUUCAUAAUGACAUUACUCACUUCACUUGUAAUUUGUAUAAAUAAAGAAAAUAUUGUUUCAUAGUUAAAAUGGAAUACAAUACGAUAUUAAUACAUUAUGAAAUCACGGGCAUGUCCAUCGAUUCCGCGAAUCGUGCAGUUAUAUAAUUUGAUUUUUGUGUUAUAAGAUAAGAUAAAGUUUGCUAAAAGUACCAGUACGAUAGUAAAUCUCCAGAUUCUACUGAUACAUUUUCAUGGGGCGAACGACACAAACAAAUAUUACUUCUUUUCUUAUGCAUGGUUAUCGCAUACGCAAUGCGAGUAAAUUUGUCGGUUGGUAUUGUAGCCAUGACCGAUAAGUCAAGCGCCAAUCAAGAGUUUAUAGAGUUACACUGGAAUGAAUCAACAAAAAGCACAGUUUUAAGUUCAUUCUUUUGGGGCUAUCUAAUAACUCAAGUGUAUGCUGGACAAAUGGCACAGAAGUAUGGAGGAAAAUAUUUCUUAGUAGGUUCUAUAGGAGUCAGUGCCUUUCUAACAAUCAUCACUCCAAUAUCGGCAAUACACGGCGGUGUUGCAGCUAUGUGCUUAAACCGUAUGGUUCAAGGAAUGGCACAAGGUUUCAUAUUUCCUGUAAUAAAUGUUAUGUUAUCAAAAUGGGCACCCAAGUCUGAAAAAAGUCGUUUAGUUUCAUUUGUGUUUAGUGGCACACAAUUUGGUUCACUAGUUAUGCUUCCCGUAGCAGGAUUUUUGGCUAGUAGUGUAGGUGGUUGGCCGUCUAUAUUUUAUGUUGGAGGAGUGAUAGCUUUAGUAUGGGUUCUGGCUUGGUGUUUAAUGGGAGCUAACAGUCCAGCAGAACACCAUACCAUAAGUGAGGCAGAAAAAAAGUACAUAAUUACCUCAUUAAGUAAUACUACAUCGAAAAAGUUUUUGCCAACUCCAUGGAGCAAGAUAAUAAAAUCCAUGCCCAUGUGGACGCUUUUAAUCUCACAUAUGGCACAAAACUGGGGAUUUUGGAUUUUAUUAACGAACAUGCCAACUUAUAUCAAUUACAUACUGAAAUUUAACAUCAAAUCGAACGGAUUUUUAUCUGCACUACCUUACUUAAUCAUGUGGAUCCUGAUUAUACUGUUUUCUUGGAUAAGUGAUUAUAUUAAGAUAAAUAGUUUGAUGAGCGAUACAAAUCAAAGAAAAAUGUGGAAUAGUAUUGCUCAUUGGGGUGGAGCUUUAGCAUUGUUUGUCCUUUAUCUAUUUGAUACAUCAGCAAUGGAAGCAAUAAUAUUAUUGACUGUUGCUCUAAGUUUAAAUAGUGGAAUUUUCACAGGAUUUUUAACCAAUCACAUGGAUUUGGCACCAAAUUUCGCAGGCACAUUAAUGGGAAUUACUAAUAGUUUAGCUAAUAUAACUUCUAUAUUGGGACCCUUAUUAGUAGGGUUCAUUGUGACUGACAGUAGCAAUAAAGAGCAAUGGGGAAUGGUGUUUUUAUACUCUGCUGCUAUUUUCUUUGUAGGAAACCUAAUAUAUGUUAUAUUUGGAACAGCUGAAAUUCAACCAUGGAAUGAUUUAUCAAAUAGGAAUGAAAUUCAAGCUGAAGAUGCAAGUGAAAACUCAUGAAUUAAUAAAUUUAUUUUGAAUUAUUUGAAUAUAAAAAAUGUACUCUUAA